AUGAGUCUCAACUUCACCCACCAAAACUCUUACCAAGAAUAUAUUAACAAUAUGUCUAACGAGGUCAUGAUUAGAUAAAAGUAUGAAUCUAUAUCUUAAAGUGAAUACUCAAACCCCUUAGGCUCUCAUCCCCAACACAAUGAUAAUGUCGAAGACUACCUCAAUUUCGGUGACAAUAUUAUGGAAAAUUACGAAAAUAUACAUGGCGUUAAGUAGGAAGAUCUAGAAUGUGACUUCCUUCAAGGACAUGAACAUAAAAACUAACAAGAAAACGGUAUGGGAUUUGAAUAAGCCCACCUUCCUUUCAUGUCUCACUAAUAGAAUGGUAGCAUAAUAGACAAUACUAACUUUUUCCUAUUCAAGUAGUAAUCUAUUCCUUAAAAUAAUCCUACCUCCUCUCAAGGUUAAUAAGCUCCUACUCAAUUUGAUAGCAGUCAACUCUCUGCCAAAAUGAAGAGAAUUAUGAAAAGAGAAAAGGCUAAAUCUCGCAGAAAAAUGAAUCUUGAAUAAUAAUAGUAAACUGCAAACAGUCAAGAAACUUAAUUCAAGUCAUUCAUUCCAACUUUGGUACCUUCAGCUCCUUUAGUUCCUCAAUAAAAUACAGAAGAGGCUUCUACUUUCAAUAAGUCUACAGAAUUAUCUGGAUAACAAUAACAAAUUGAUAUGAGAAGCUGCUCCACAAGCUGUUCUAGCAAUACUGCAUAAUUCGAAGUAAAGUUAGAAUCUUCAAGCUCUGCUGGAAAUCAAGCUUCUGCUAAUGGAAUUAAUCCAGCUCAUUUACUCGAACAAAAGCUGAAAAAAAGCUCAAGUUCUUCCUUAAGUCACGAAGAUCUCUAAUUAAAGGCUCUUCAAUAAUGCUAAGGAAGCAUGGAUCAAAAGUAAUAAAAGAAAGUAAUGUAAAUGAUUCGUAACAGAAUAUCUGCUUAGAACUCUCGUGAUCGUAAGAAAGCCUACAUUUCUAAGCUUGAGCAAGAUAAGGAAGAUUUCUUACUCGAAAGUAUUGAAUUGAGAUAGUAGUUAAAUGAAUCUCAAAAAGAAGUUGCCAAUGAAAAGAACAAAAAUGAACUUCUCUAAAAGGAAAUCUAAGAAUUAAAAAGAAAGCUCUAAAGCUAGUGCAAAUGUUUCAACACCAAUCCCGAUAAAAUCGAAUCAGCAUAAAUGAACUAAACAGCUUUAAAUUAAAAAUACAGUAAUCAUCAUUCUCUCUAAAAGAACUAUGCUGCUUUCAGUGUUGCUUUCUUUGCUGUUUUAGGAGUAGUACUUAUCUUCAAUAUCAAACCCAGUAAAAAUGAACAAGCCAUAAUAAAUUAAAGUUCCUAAAUGAUGAAAAUGUUAGAUGAUUUAUAAAAAUCAACCUAAGAUUUCUAAAAGAUGAGUUAAAUGAGAAAUGAAAAAGAUGAAGUUGCUGUUGUUGGAAGUGCCAUUUUAAAUGAAAAAAUGUAUUAAAAGAGUGAUUCGAAAGGAGAAAUCGGUCUGAACAUCGAAAAAGAGCUUAAUAAUUAAGCUAUGGAAGAAGAAGUACCUUUAUAAGGUGAAGAAACCCCCUAAAUAAACUUAAAUAUGCUGACAAAAUCAGAUCAAAUACAAAAGGGCUAAUGGAUUCAAUUUAUGGUCCCUAAAUAAGAAAAUAGCUUAAGGGAUGAUGUUAGCAGAGAUAGCGCUGAAACAGACGUUACUCAUACCAAUAACAAUUAAAAAUAUUUGCAAGUUUGGGCUUAAAUUAAAUCAGUCAACGAAUUCGAAUAAAUCGUUUGA